AUGACGUCCACGAGUGCCACCACGAUCAUUCCGGGCGACGGCAAGUUCCAUUUCGCGAUCGAUCGCGGUGGUACCUUUACGGACAUUCACUGCCGGUUGCCGAAUGGUGACGAAAUUGUCCGCAAACUGCUUUCGGAAGACCCUUCUCACUACCAAGAUGCUCCCACGGAAGGAAUUCGUCAAGUCUUGGCGGAAUUCGAUACCGAACGAUUGUACAAUCGCGGGAUUCCGGUCGAAACGUCCCAGAUUGGUUCCAUCCGUAUGGGCACCACCGUUGCUACCAACGCGUUGUUGGAACGAGACGGAGCCCGCAUGGCCUUGUUGACUACCAAGGGAUUUGAGGAUUUGUUGGAAAUUGGCAACCAGGCGCGGCCCAACAUUUUUGAUCUUUCGUGUGCGAAACCCUCUCUCUUGUACGAAAAAACCGUCGCCAUUGACGAACGUCUCGUCCUCGCACAAUUUACACCCGACGAGUACCGCGACCGCUACACGGCGCACGAGGGCGUCACCGGAGAAACCGUAUACGUGGUACGGGAACCCAAUCUCACAGCCGUUCGUGCCGUGCUCGAGUCACUCAAGGCCGACGGAAUUACAGCGAUUGCCGUCUGUCUCAUGCACGCCUACGUCUACGGCGCCCACGAAGACAUGAUUGGGGCACUGGCCGAGAGUGUCGGCGGCUUCGAACAGAUUUCCCUCUCACACCGCGUCAUGCCCAUGGUGAAACUCGUCAGUCGGGGACACACCACCUGCGCAGCAGCCUACCUGACUCCCAAAAUUACUACCUAUCUACUCUCCUUUCAGAAAGGCUUUGACGCGAAUCUCGCCAACGUGCCCCUCACCUUUAUGAAGUCUGACGGGGGCCUCGCACCGGUGCACUCCUUUGGAGGUCACCAGGCCAUUCUCUCCGGUCCCGCAGGUGGCGUCGUGGGCUACGCCAAGACGAGUUACAAGCCCGGCUUUCCCGUAAUCGGCUUUGAUAUGGGCGGCACAUCCACGGACGUCUCCCGUUACGACAAUGCGUGGGAACACGUGUUGGAAACCGUCACAGCCGGCGUCGCUAUUCAAGCCCCGCAGCUCGACAUUCAUACCGUGGCCGCCGGAGGCGGCAGUCGCUUGUUUCUGAAACGUGGCAUGUUCGUGGUCGGACCGGAAAGUUCCCGGGCUCAUCCCGGUCCCGUGUGUUACCGCAAGAAUGGGUACCUGGCCGUUACGGACGCCAACGUUGUGCUGGGUAGGGUUGUUCCCCGGUACUUUCCAUCCAUUUUUGGCCCCAACGAGGACGAACCACUCGACGUGGACGGUGCGCGCGCGGCGUUUGAGGAACUGACCAAAUUGCCAGAAGCGCAGGGCCGAUCAGCCGAAGAACUAGCCUUUGGCUUCCUACAGGUAGCCAACGAAGCCAUGUGUCGUCCAAUUCGAAAUUUGACGCAAAUGAAGGGUUUCGAUAUUACCACCCACACGUUGGCCUGUUUUGGUGGAGCCGGGCCGCAGCACGCUUGCGCCAUGGCCAAAGCGCUCGGUAUGAAACGAGUCUUUGUCCACCGCUUCGGUGGCAUCUUGUCGGCGUACGGAUUGAGCCUAGCCGAUGCCGUCCACGAAGAGCAAGAACCUACUGCCGAGACGUAUCACGGAGGCAUUUCCGAAUCGGGUCAAACCCGAUUGCAAGCCUUGGCGGAGAAGGCCCAGAGUAUGUUGACGGUACAGGGCUACGACGCUUCCGAAAUUGUGACGGAACGAUUUGUCAAUAUGCGUUACGAAGGAACGGACAACGCAAUUAUGAUUCAAGAAACAGCCGACGCGACACUGGAUGACUCCUUCCGGGCCCUGUACAUGCGCGAAUUUGGGUUCGUCUUGCAAGGCCGGGACAUUUUGAUUGACGACUACCGCGUACGGGCCGUCGUCCCCGGAGCCACUCCGCCACAAUGGCCAUCUCCGGAAAAUAUCGGCGCGCCAACACCGAUUGAUACCACCAAAGCCUAUUUCGAACACGGUUGGGAAGACGUGCCUGUUUACAAAGCCGAAGACCUGUUGCCGGGUCAUGCCGUAAAAGGCCCUAGUAUUAUUGUACAGCCUAUUUCCAUUGUUGUACUGGAAAUCGCGUGUGAAGCGCUUGUGACUGCUACGGGUGACCUAGAAAUUACGGUCGGUAACUGCCACGAGCAAGUCGUUGAGGAAGAAUCCAGCGAGGCCCAAAUUAAGGAAGAUCCGGUUCAACUUUCGAUCUUUGCGCACCGCUUCAUGGGGAUCGCCGAGCAAAUGGGACGAACACUCCAGCGCACAGCUAUUUCGGUCAACAUGAAGGAACGGCUCGACUUCUCGUGCGCACUGUUUACCAAAAAUGGUGGACUGGUGGCGAAUGCUCCUCAUAUUCCGGUCCACUUGGGAGCUAUGGAACGAGCUGUGAGUUUCCAAGUAGAGUAUUGGAACAGUGAAGGUCGGGAAAGCAUCAAGGAGGGGGAGGUGCUGGUGUCGAACCAUCCACAGCUGGCGGGGGGCUCUCAUUUGCCUGAUAUUACGGUUAUCACGCCAGUCUUUCACGAAGGUAAAAUAAUCUUCUUCGUGGCUAGUCGCGGUCACCAUGCCGACAUUGGAGGUAUCGCUCCUGGGUCGAUGCCACCCCAUUCCAACAAGCUCGAAGACGAAGGUGCCAUGAUUAUCGCCUUUAAGCUGGUUCGCGAUGGCAAAUUUCAGGAAGAGGGCAUAACGGAAAUUUUACAGUCCCCUGGAAAAUUACCGGGCAACUCAGGAACGCGCAACUUGCGGGAUAACAUGAGUGAUCUACGUGCUCAAGUAGCUGCCAACAAUUCAGGAAUCCGUUUACUGACGGAACUCGUGCAAGAGCACGGGCUGCAUCACGUUGAAGCGUACAUGCAUUUUAUCCAAAAGAACGCAGAAAUUUUGGUGCGCAGAAUGCUUCGGGACUUUUGCAAGGAGCAUGGUAAUCGGGCGCACGCGAUCGAUUUCAUGGACGACGGGUCGCCAAUUGAACUAACUAUCGAUAUCGACCCAAAUACUGGUUCAGCAACCUUCGAUUUUACCGGGACAGGCCCGCAAGUGUUGGGAAACCACAAUGCUCCUCCGGCUGUCACUUACAGUGCCGUCAUUUACUCAUUGCGUUCAUUGGUCGCGGAAGAUAUUCCACUAAAUCAAGGGUGCUUAGCUCCCAUCACGUUCAUUAUUCCACAAAAUUGUUUGCUAAAUCCAUCGUCAGAUGCUGGUGUGGUUGGAGGCAAUGUUCUUACAAGUCAACGUGUGGUGGAUGUCGUCCUAAAAGCUUUCCAAGCCUGCGCAGCGAGCCAGGGGUGUAUGAAUAACUUGACCUUUGGCGACAAGGAGUUUGGCUACUAUGAAACUAUUGCUGGUGGAGUUGGUGCGGGACCCUCAUGGGACGGUCCAUCGGGCGUUCACACGCAUUGUACCAACACACGAAUUACCGACCCCGAAAUUUUAGAACGCCGCUACCCAGUUUUGCUCCAGGAGUUUUCGCUUCGCCGUGGUAGUGGCGGUCGUGGGCGGCAUCAGGGAGGUGACGGGGUCGUUCGGGAGUUGGAACCAUUACGACCGUUGACGAUGAGCAUUCUCAGUGAGCGUCGAACUUUGCAUCCAUAUGGUAUGGCUGGCGGAGAGGAUGGUGCGUGUGGAAAAAAUCUAUUAGUCCGCAAGGAUGGUAUUACUGUGAAUAUGGGUGGUCGAUGCAGUAGCUCGAUCAAUACGGGAGAGCGUUUGCGCAUUGAAACGCCGGGAGGUGGAGGCUACGGAGCCUUUCCGGAGGAAAAGAAGAGUCCUUCGUAA